CAGGAUAGCCAAAAGACCCCCGUUAAGCUUGCUAGAGUUAUCAAGGUGCUCGGACGUACCGGUUCCCGUGGUGGUGUGACCCAAGUUCGCGUCGAAUUCAUGGACGACAGCAACCGUAGCAUUAUCCGUAACGUCAAGGGUCCCGUUCGCGAAAACGACAUUCUCUGCCUUUUGGAAUCCGAACGUGAAGCUCGU